AUGACGUCUAACAUUGGAGAAUUUCUUAUCGAAUUCUCUGAAUUAUUCGGAGAGAAGACAAGACGAGUACCAGAGCUCUACGGCAAUGGCGAUCCCCCGCCUAGAGUUGUAAGCAGGCCAUCGGAUAUCUCAGUCACGUCGAGCAGAAUUGACAAUCACCACUACGGCAUGGAUCUACCAAACCAGUCUCCGCCCGAAGAUGAUGAGGUCCAAAUUGGACCAGCGACAUGCAUGAUUGAUGAGAUACAUCGAGGCAUGCAAUCGACUAAGAACGGCUCCUCAGGUCCUUGGCUUUCCUUCGACAAAUUGCGAACGUUCAGUCAGCGCAGUCGCGUCAAUUCCGAGCUGCGAAAGCAAUUUUCCGACAUAGAAGCAGCAAGGCUUACAAAUUAUGUUUGCGGAGUUCAGGCGCAGCAUUGCAAGGGAGGCGAUACUAGUCAACGAAUAUUCGUAAUUUUGGUUUUGAUUCGCCGACUCGAAAUUCUGCCAGCGCUGGUUACGGACGGCUUGCGUGACAAAGAUCUUCCUUUCGAAUGGGCUGAUCCUGCUUCUCGGGAUCACCUCAUCAGUGCGAGAUCCGACUUUGCCGACGGGCACCUUCCUUGUUUCGAAAAAGCUGGAAUCGCGGUGUCUCGAGAGUUUUAUCUCAACCAGUGGAUGAUACUCACUCCUUUGAUAAGCCUGGACGAAUACAAUGAGGUGACGACCUUCCACCUGGCUUCGGAAGUUAUCAUGCCUUGGACGUCCAUUGGAAUCGAAAAGACAUCAGGCUUCUCCAGAGUCCGCAGGGUUGAGAUUCACGAUAGUCAUCAUCCGUUCCGUGAGCACAAAGCCUUUGCGCUCAAAACCCUGCUUCAAGAAGAUCCUGAGCAGGCGGAACAGGAGUUUGAGCAAGAGCUCAAGGCUUUGACCAAGAUGGAACCCGGAGAACACAUCCUAAAACUUUGCGCGACCUUCAAGAUCGGCACCGAGUACUCGUUCUUGUCCCCGUGGGCUGAAGGCGGCAAUUUAAGACAGUUCUGGACCGAAUCUCCGAGGGAGAUACAGCAGAGCUUUUGCCAACCUCAAAUCCUCCUUCGCUGGAUGGCUGAACAAUGCCACGCGCUGGCGGCUGCUCUGCAAAGUAUUCACGAUGUUCGUGUCAAGGCACUGAUUCGGGCAAAGAGGAUAUCGAAGGAUGAGGAAACCGAUAGUGACGUGUUCGGAAUCCAUGGUGACAUAAAACCCGAGAACAUAUUACUCUUUGAUUAUCGCCAAAGAAGAUCGGGCAUUGGCACUCUGAAGAUCGCCGACUUUGGUCUCACUGAAUUUCAUAAGCUCACGUCACGGUCGCGGACUUACAAACCCAGCCCCGAAGGCCGGCGCCUCGCUCCGACCUAUGAAGCCCCCGAACUUUCACAGCUGGGAGGCUCAUACUCUAGGAAGGCGGAUGUUUGGGCGCUUGGCUGCGUCUUCUCCGAAUUUUUGACUUGGGUAGUUCGUGGACCAUCUGCUACCACAAAGUUUGCGGAUGACCGGGCCAAAGAAAGAGACUGGGACACUGCUUUGAAGAAAGAUGUUGGAUUUUACUCGGACAAUUUCUUUACUGCAAAAAGAUACAAGGGCGGUGGGGUCAAGACAUCGCUGAAGAGAUCCGUGGUUAAAAGGCCCAUGUCACGCUAA